GGCAGGUGUCGGCGGGCCUUUCCCUCCCGGGCGCAGAGUCCCGUCGAGCGAGCCCGGCCAUGGUGUCCCGGCUGAGCGCCCUGCAGGAGGAGCUGCUCAAGGCGCUGCUGGCCUCGGGCCUCUCCCGCCAGGCCCUGGUCCGCGCCGUCGAGGAGCUCAUGCCCGGGCCCAGCGCCCCCGGCGCCCCGGCCCCGCACCUCGGCAGCGGCGGCGGCGGAGGGGUCAAGCUGGAGGCCCUGGCGCCCGCCUCGCCCCCCGGGGCCCGGCCCCUCAGCAACGGAGGCGGGACAGGGAAGGGCAAGCUGUCCGGGGACGAGGGCGCCUCCGAGGAGGACGGCGACGAGGACUUCGACACGCCGCCCAUCCUGCGCGAGCUGCAGGCCCUCAACACCCAGGAGGCCGCCGAGCAGCGCGCAGAGGUCGAGAGGAUGGUCAGCGAGGACCCAUGGCGGGCGGCCAAAAUGAUCAAGGGCUACAUGCAACAGCACAACAUCCCUCAAAGGGAGGUGGUGGACGUCACGGGGUUGAACCAGUCCCAUCUCUCCCAGCACCUCAACAAGGGAACCCCCAUGAAAACCCAGAAGCGGGCCGCCCUCUACACCUGGUACGUCCGGAAGCAGAGGGAGAUCCUUCGGCAGUUCAACCAGACAGUCCAGGGUUGUGGAACUAUGACAGACAAAAGCAGUCAAGAUCAGCUGCUGUUUCUCUUUCCAGAGUUUAACCAGCAAAGCCAAGGCGGGGGCCACCUGGACGACCCCUGCGCCGAAACGCCCAGCAAGAAGAUGCGGCGCAACCGCUUCAAGUGGGGCCCGGCCUCCCAGCAGAUCUUGUACCAGGCCUACGACCGGCAGAAGAACCCCAGCAAGGAGGAGAGGGAGGCCCUGGUCGAGGAGUGCAACAGGGCCGAAUGCCUCCAGCGGGGCGUCUCACCUUCCAAAGCGCAUGGCCUGGGUUCGAACCUGGUCACGGAGGUCCGUGUCUACAACUGGUUUGCCAACCGGAGGAAAGAGGAGGCCUUCCGCCAAAAGCUGGCCAUGGACGCCUACAGCACUGGCCAGCCCCACACCAUGAACCUUUUGCUCUCCCACAAUUCCCCACACCACGUCCAGGCCAGCGCUUCCCCGCCGAGCAAGAUGACAGGCGUCCGCUACGGCCAGGCCGGGCCCAACGACGUCCCCUCUUCCUCGUCCAUCGGCCACCACGUCAACAGCACCAGCGCCAUGGUCACCUCCAGCCAGGCCAUCCUCCAGCAGGUCUCUCCGGUGGGCUUGGACCCCGGCCACGGACACGGCUUGCUGGCCCCGGACGGGAAAAUGAUCACCGUCUCCGGAGGCGGACUCCCUCCGGUCAGCACCCUCACCAAUAUCCACAGUUUCUCGCAUCACAAUCCCUCGCAGUCUCAGAACCUCAUCAUGGCCCCGUUGUCAGGCGUCAUGGCCAUCACGCAGAGCUUAAACAGCUCGCAAGCGCAAACCGUGCCGGUCAUCAACAGCGUGGCCAGCAGCUUGGCCGCCCUCCAGCCUGUCCAGUUCUCCCAGCAGCUGCACAGUCCGCACCAGCAGUCGCUCAUGCAGCAGUCGCCCAGCCCCAUGGCCCAGCCGCCCUUCAUGGCCACCGUGACGCAGCUCCAGAACUCGCACAUGUACUCCCACAAGCAGGAGCCCCCCCAGUAUUCCCACACGUCCCGCUUCCCUUCGGCCAUGGUGGUCACGGAUACGAGCGGCAUCACUUCGUUGACCAACAUGUCUUCCAGUAAACAGUGUCCACUACAAGCUUGGUGAUGCAGCUCCAGAGGCCACUUCCUUUGCGUCUACCAUCCGGAAACGGUUUUGUGUUCGGCCUCAUCCUGCCAGAGACUCUUGAUGGCGUCUCGGGGCCCGGCGGGCCGAACAGGGGAGAGAUCGCCUGGCAUCGUCCGCACCAGAAGAUGCAAAACGGUGUCCGCACGGAUCUGGUCCUCCACGGCAGAGCUUUCCCCGUAGUUUUUUUUCCCUCCUGAGACUUUUUGAAAGUAUUUUCCUCCCCAAGGGCAUUGUUGCGAGAGGCGAAAGAACAAAGAGCGGAGAAGGAGCUUUGGCGAGAACGCAAAGCGGAAGAUCAAUCGUAUUUAUACAAGAGACACGGUCCUCUGCUGGGACGGACUGGAGAAAGAGAGAGAAACUGGGGGCUGUCGAACUGAGCCAACCGAUAUGUACAUAGAGAGAGAGAAAAAUCCCCUUCCCGCGGCUUCCCUUUUCCCUUCCCUUUCCCGUGGCCGACCCACAGAGAUUUAUAUUAAAGGAAAUCCACUUUGUCCAAUGGA